CUCAACUGGCCCAGCAUUGACGUCCUCUUCUUUUUACCUCUCGUAUGACCCUUGGCUGCUGACUGUCCUGGUUGCACGUGUCUAGCACUCAUACCUUCAACCUGCCCAGUCAUCGUCGACAAGUCGCUGGACUCGAAAACUCACCGUCCCCAUCGUUCUGGUUUCGCCCUGCGUUGAGCCGCCUCCUGACGACCUUCUUUGCUGGCGUGGAGGCAUGCCUCGGCGCCUCGAGAUUUGCCAAUUCUACUAGUCCAUCUGAUCUGUGUAUACCAUCAAGUGUGCUUUUAUCGAUUGGCUGCUAGCCCGCAGCGUUCUCCGGCGAAAUGGCUGCGGCCAACCUCAACUUCAUCACCUUCAACCAAGAUCACAGCUGUCUCGCAGUCGGCACCUCGAGAGGUUUUCGCAUCUACCAUACCGAUCCCUUUUCUAAGAUCUUCAGCAGCGACGAUGGCAACGUUUCGAUCAUCGAGAUGCUAUUCUCCACCUCCCUCGUCGCCCUCGUCCUAUCCCCACGCCAUCUCAUAAUACAGAAUACAAAGAGGGCGUCCGUAAUAUGCGAACUCACUUUCCGUUCCGCCGUCCUUGCCGUCCGUCUGAACCGCCGCCGCCUAGCUGUUGUUCUUGAGGAGGAAAUCUACCUCUACGAUAUUGCCAACAUGACCCUGCUCUAUGUCAUCACUACUUCUCCGAACCCGUCUGCGAUAUGCGCGCUGUCACCAUCUUCCGAGAACUGCUAUAUUGCCUACCCACUACCUAAGCCCAGGGAGGAUACGGGCGAGAGACGACCGCAGCACGCCCCUCCCCUCUCGACCUACGUCCCACCAACGUCUGGAGAUGUUCUCAUUUUCGACGCCGUGACUCUCAAGGCCGUUAACGUCAUCGAGGCACAUCGCUCUCCGCUUUCCUGCAUCGCCCUGAACAGCGAAGGCACGCUUCUGGCGACCGCUUCCGAGACGGGUACCAUCGUCCGCGUCUUCUCUGUGCCGCGAGGCCAGAAGCUGUAUCAGUUCCGCCGCGGCACCUACCCGUCAACCAUCUACAGCAUGUCUUUCAAUCUCAGCUCCACGCUUUUGUGCGUCUCCUCGACUUCAGACACCGUCCAUAUAUUCCGGCUUUCCGGAACGGCGGCAGUGGACCGAAACGCUGUGGCUGCUGGGGCAGGGCCGGGGGCGAUGGAUCACUCCUCGUCACCGCGUGCGAAUCGUUGGUCCCGGUCACGGUCACGAUCACAGAGCUAUGACAGCGGCAACGAUGAUUCGCCCGGCAGCGUGACGGGUUCCCCGCGUAGCGACGCCGCCGAGAUAGCAGGAAUUUCGGCGAAUAACGGGUCCGGUGGGCCUACUUCUUCUGCAAAUCGGAGACAGAGCGGUUCUUUCAGCAGCAUGUUGCGGAGGUCCUCGCAGCUGAUGGGAAGAAGUGUGGCUGGCGUUGUUGGGUCGUAUCUCCCGCAGACAGUGACAGAGAUGUGGGAACCCCUGCGUGACUUCGCCUUCAUCAAAAUACCAAAGGUGUCAUCGGCGUCUCCAACUAACAAGGGCGCCCCUCCACCGGGUCCCUCUACUCUCAUCUACCCCAAUGGGCCCAUGCGAAGUGUUGUCGCCAUGAGCAGUAGCAGCCCCCAGGUUAUGGUUGUGACAAGUGACGGGGGUUUCUACGUUUUCAAUAUCGAUAUGGAGCACGGCGGUGAAGGCUACCUUGUCCGUCAGUUCUCCAUCAGUGUUCUUGAGGGUGAUGACAAACUUGACGCCUCUUUCAAUCCCUAG